AGUCCCCUUUGCUCCUUUACUCUAAAUUUAGGUGAGUCAAAAAAAGAAUGACCCUUUCCUGUAUAUAAAAACAAGCAAUUUGAAAUAUUUUUUUAUGGGGCAAUGUAAAAUAAAAUAAAUUUAGAAUAACAAAUAUCAUUUGAAUCUGAUUUGUAAUUAUCAAUUCCUUCUUUGCUGUUAUUUCAAUUGUUUGAGUUAGAACUAUGUCACAUCGGGCUAUAUUCAAGAAGAGAAGAUGGGAUAGAGAGGAUACUCCAUCCAAUUCUACUUCCCGAGCUGCUUCUGCAUCAAGAACCCCAUUAAGAAAUGAUGAUGAUUCUGAUUUUGAAGAAGAUACUGAAGAAGACUUUAAAAAGAUUCAAGAAUUGUUAAAUCAAAGAUUACAAAGUUUAACUUUGAAUGUCGAUCCUGAAAAUAUAUCUGUCAAUAAAGAAGAUCGAUUUGGAGCUGGAGAUAGACGUCAAUAUAAUGCUGAAGCUUUGAAUAAAGCAAAGAUUACUUCAGAAACUACAACUAUCAAUGAUAUCAUUAGAUCGUUGCUAUUAACUAGAACUGAAGUAUCAUCCACUUCCCGUGAGUUGUUAUUGGCUCAAUUAUAUAAAUUGAUGGUUACUAAACCUAUCAUGGUGUAUAAUGAAGAAAAUAUUGGAUCUAUAAAUUAUGUUGAUGAAGAAAAAGUUCAAAAAGUGAUUAAUUUAUUUAAUGAUUCUAAUUAUAGAACUGAAACUGAAUUCUUAUAUUUAUACAGAUCAAUGAUUGCUUUAUUAAUUAGUAAUAUUGAAGAUUUUGGUUAUAUGAUAACCAGUGAAUUCUUAGGUAAAAUAAAAGUAUUAAUUCAAGAACCUGCCACAUCCAUCAUUACCAAUGAUAAUAAAUCAACUUUAAUCAAUGGGUUUAUUGCUUUGACUUUAGUAUUACAUAAUGGAUCCUCCAGUUUUGGAAUUGAUGAUAAAAUCAAUUGGUUAAUGGAAAUUGCUGAGGGGUUUACAUCAAGUGCUGUAUUAUUACGAAAAAAUAUCGAAUCUGGAGAUAGAGAACAUUCCACCCUUAUAAAUGAUAAAAAUGAAGAUAAAAGAUUAGUUUCUGAAGCUUAUUCAAAAGUUGAUUCUGAAGUUUCAGUAGCAUCAUCAGCCUUAAAUGGAGUGGCAUGUCUUUUAACUUUAAUUUCAAGAGGAGAAUAUUUAAAUGAAUUUGUGGAAGCAUUAAUUCUUAAGAUUAUUCCAUUGUUGGAGGAAGAAGAUCUUCGUGAUGUUUCAAGAGCAUCAGCCAGAGUCAUUGCUGUCAUAUAUGAAUUAUACACAUUUGAAGCUAUCAAUCCUGAUGAUUUUGAUAAUGAAGAUUAUGAAGAAUUUAAUCCGAAUGGUCCGUAUUAUGAACAAGGUUCAUUAUUUGCAAUCUUGGAAAGAUUAGCCAAUAUCUCAUCUAAGAAAGUUUCUAAAAAGGAUAAAAAACAAUCUCAUUCUAUCUUUAGAAAUAUUUUAAAUACUAUAAAAGUUCAUGUUGAUCCUAUAAAACGUGAACAAGUAUUAUUAAGAACUCCAACUGGAUUAGAAAUUAUAACUUCCAUCAUGGAUUCAACAUAUAUCAGAUUAUCCAAAUAUAAAUCAUUACCGAUUGAUAGUUGGAUCUUAUAUUCAAGAUUAAGGAUUUUAAAAUGGAGUUUUAGUUUUGGAUUACAUGAUCAAUUAGUAAGUAAUGAAAGUAUAAGAGAUGUAUUAAAAGAUUCAGAUUCCGAAUUUGGAAAUCAUGGAGGAUUUGAAAUUGAUGAACAUUUAUUACAUGAAUCUACUUAUAAAGAUUAUGUUAAUGAUUAUAUGGAUCAUAAACAUUUACAUGAUGAUAAAAGAAGAACUGAAAAGAUUAGAAAAGAAAGAAGACAAAAAGUUGUUGAAGAAGCUGAUCGUUUAAACGUUGCCAGUUAGUUAAUUAGUUUGAUUUCCAAGGUACCCCCCAAAAAAACCCAAAUUUAUUCCUAUCGUAAUUGUAUGUAGCU